AUGACAGCCUUUGUUGGUACGUUUGGUCGUGAUCAACCAUUUCCAAUAGAAAAUUAUAAAAAAGGGGCAAAAGUAUGGUUGAAAGAUCCAAAUAAAGUAUGGAUAAGCGGCGAGUUGCUUCAAGAUUUCAAGUUUUCUUCCAAACUUAGCAUACUACUAGAAGAUGAACGAGUGAUAGAGUUUGCCUUAAAAGAGUCUGAAGGGCUGCCAUUUCUGAAGAAUCCAGAUAUUUUACUCGGACGGGACGACCUAACAACAUUAAGUUACCUUCACGAGCCUGCAGUUCUCAAUCAUCUCAACUUUCGAUUCGUUAAAAGGGAAGCAAUUUACACUUAUUGUGGUAUUGUUUUAGUCGCCAUCAAUCCUUACGCAAAUUGCUCUCAACUUUAUGGUGAAGACGUCAUACAGAUAUACCGAGGUGUUGGCAAACAAGUGCGUGAACUUGACCCUCACAUUUAUGCUGUAGCUGAAGAAGCAUAUUUUGAUCUUCAUGAAUUAGAGAAAAAUCAAUCAGUAAUUGUAAGUGGUGAAUCUGGAGCCGGGAAAACAGUUUCUGCUAAGUUUGUUAUGAGGUACUUAACUUUUGUUGCAAGUUCACCGUUAAAUAAACCUUAUGGAUGUGUGCCAACAGAUGUGGGUAUCGAAGAUCGUGUUUUAGCAUCAAAUCCAAUUAUGGAAGCAAUUGGAAAUGCAAAAACUAUCAGAAACGAUAAUUCUUCACGUUUUGGCAAAUAUAUACAGAUUAAUUUUGAUGAGCGAUUUAGUGUUGCUGGAGCUGAGAUGAAGACUUAUUUGCUAGAAAAAAAUCGUGUCGUAUAUCAGGCUGAGAAUGAGCGUAAUUAUCAUAUUUUUUAUCAGAUUUGUGCAUCGAAAUCUCAUUUUUUACUCGAAGAACUUAAUUUAGGUGUUAAUGAUUGGCAUGCAUAUUCUUACACAGCUCAAGGAAAAAGUGGACAAAUCGAAAAUAUCGACGACGGAAAGGAUUUCUUAGAAACCUUAACUGCCAUGAAUUUAUUGCACAUCUCAACAGAUAUUCAGAAAUCAGUAUUUCGUGUAUUUGCUGGUCUUUUGUUAUUUGGUAAUAUCAAAUUCAUUGAUGGGCGCGAAGAAUACGCUGAAAUUGAUCAAAAUACUCUACCAACAAUUUAUUAUCUAUGUAAAAAAAUAUACGAAGUGAGAGAAGAAGACCUAUGCAACUGGUUAGUAUCACGUAGAAUCAACGCUGGAUCUGAAUCAGUACAAAAGCCAUUAACUGUUACACAGGCAGUAAUAUGUCGUGAUGCAUUGGUUAAAAUGCUUUAUGCAUCAAUAUUUACUUGGAUCGUAAAAAGAAUAAAUGAAGCUUUAGGAGAUGGAUCAAGUAAUAAUACCGUAAUGAAAACUCAAAGAUUUAUUGGUGUUCUCGAUAUAUACGGCUUUGAAACUUUUGAAGUCAACAGUUUUGAGCAAUUCUGUAUUAAUUAUGCAAAUGAAAAGCUACAGCAACAAUUUUGUCAGCAUGUGUUCAAACUUGAACAAUCAGAAUACGAACGUGAAGAAAUUGACUGGAUCAGGAUUGAUUUCUAUGAUAAUCAAUCUUGCAUUGAUUUGAUAGAAGGUCGGCCCGGCAUAAUUGAUUAUCUUGAUGAGCAAUGUAAGAUGGGUCAAGGAACUGAUCGGGAUUGGUUGGAAAGGUUACGAUCAUGCCAAUCACUCAAGAAGAUGCAACAUUUUCAGCUAUCAAAAAUUAAAAAUCCAUCAUUCAUCAUCAAGCAUUUUGCUGCCGAUGUCGUUUACAAUGUAGAUGGUUUUCUGGAAAAAAAUAUGGAUACAGUAAGCGAGCAACUUGUAAAUGUCAUAAAAAAUAGUAAGUUUCGAGAUUCACUUCGAGAACUUAUGGCAGUGCUAGGCAGUACACGUCCACAUUAUGUACGUUGUAUUAAGCCAAACGAUGAUAAAUUACCUUUCACAUUUGAACCUAAACGAGCUAUUCAACAAUUACGGGCUUGUGGUGUACUAGAAACUGUACGCAUUUCUGCUGCUGGUUAUCCAUCGAGGUGGAAUUAUGAUGAUUUUGCAAGAAGAUAUCGCGUUCUUUAUCCACAAAAAAAAUUAUGGCGUGAGAAUCCUAAAAGUUUUGCGGAACAUGCGUGUAGCAAAUAUUUGGCAGUAUGUUUUUAUAGCUCUUACAAUCAAACAUUACCUUUCAUAAGGUGUGGACUUCAAAAUACACUGAUGUUUCAGAGUGAAAUGUAUGCUUUGGGUAAGACGAAAGUAUUCUUUCGGACAGGACAAGUAGCUUUGCUGGAAAGAAUAUUACAUGAAAAACUGACCAGUUCCGCAGUUUUGAUUCAAAAAACUUGGAAGGGUCUUAGUGCUCGCAAGAAAUAUCAGUUCAUCAAAGAAUCUAUUGCUAAAAUCCAGAUUUAUUGCUUAGCAUUUGUUAUGUACAGACGCAUGAAAUAUCUUCAAAUGCAUCGGGCAAUUAUUUGUUUACAAACUGCGUUUCGUAGUUAUAGUGCAAGACGACGAUAUAAUUUACUCAGAUCAACUGUAAUUAUGAUACAAACUCAUUAUCGAGCAUCAUUAAUACGUCAAAAAGUGAAGAAACUGCGUUACGAGCAAAAAGCAAUAACUAUUCAAAAGUACUAUCGUGGUUGGCGUGUAAGACGUGAACAAAGUGAACGCAAACAGAAAGUUAUUAUGAUACAAUGUCAAGUACGGCAGUGGCUUGCCAGAAGGCGUCUACGAGAAUUGAAGGUUAGUCCGUUCUUGCAUUGAAG